AUGCAAAAUCUGAACCCUUCCCUGGCUUAUUCUCUGAAAAACUGCUCCAUCAGUUAUUCUAACGACGCCUUGGCCGAUGUGGUUUUGCAUUGCUCGGAACGUAAACUUGUAACUGUGCCUGAUGACAUACCCAGAGAUGCGAGUGUAGUGUAUCUCUGGUACAAUCAGCUCGAACGGAUCAACAGGGAUGAUUUCAGGGACUUGUCAAAGCUAAGAAUUUUGUGGCUGGACACAAAUAAGAUUGCUCAUGUGGACAAUGGAUCUUUCAUCCAUUUGGUGACAUUAACAAGGCUCCACAUGGCCAAUAACAAACUAAGCGACCUGACAGGCAACCUCUUUCAGGGACUGUCUAACCUUACCAUGCUUGAUCUCUCCGGUAACAACAUUCAGUCCAUUCAUACCUCGGCCUUUCAGUCCCUGUCCAGAUUAGAAACCGUGAUUUUAGACUCAAACUAUCUCCAACAAGUCGUUGCCAUUCAGCCCAUCGUACAGCUACCACUUAUACAGAAACUGAGCAUUAGAAACAAUCGAUUUUCCUCCUUUCAGACCAAAGAUCUGCUGCUGAAUGCGCCCUCAAGCCUGAAGUUUUUGGAUGUUUCGGAUAAUGACAAGUUUGACAAGUUCAGCAUCACAACACAGAUCUUUCCUCACCUUGAGAUAAUAGACCUUUCUUGGUGUGGUCAUGUUGCCGGCUGGAAAUGGGACAUACCUGACAAGACUUUACUCAGGAACAUAACUCAGCUGUAUUUUAGUUACCCGUUGAUUGCUUUUGAAGAGAUCCAAAAAGUCCUGCAGAGCCUCGACUCACUGAUGCAUCUGAGACUUAAUUAUAUGGAGAAGUGGAUCAACAAAGGUCUCCUAGCUACGGUUUGCAAGAUGCCGACACUUAAGAAGCUGGAUCUGCAUUGGAGCAAAGUGCCCAAUAUGAGUGUGAAACUUGUAGCUUGCUCUCAGCUCAGUGAGCUUGAUUUGUCGUCUACUUCAAUGACUGAACUGUCUAAAGGCUCGAUUCGACUGAUGAAGAAACUGAGGUUUCUAACUUUAGAGACCAACCUUCUCACCAAGGUGCCCGAUGACAUUCGGACUCUCUCCUCUCUCAAGAUCUUAAAUAUUGGUGACAAUAUUAUCUCUGAGUUGAGCUGUGAGGAUUUCACAAACACAACACGUCUCAGAGAGCUUGAUCUGCACACCAACCACAUUGCCAACCUGGAUAGAUGCGUCUUCGAAAGUCUUAAUGACCUGAAGGUUUUAGAUAUGAGCAACAACCUGCUGUGGACACUUGAAGGCGCCUUCAAAAUAGGCCUGAAGAAUCUUGAGUUCUUGGAUCUGAGCAACAACGUUUUACUUCUUCUUGAAAAGGGGGAUUUUCAAGGUUUAGGGUCCUUAAAACAUUUGGAUGUGGUGUGGAAACAUAAGGCUUUUGAUGGAUUGAGUAACCUGGGUAACCUAACUGUACCUCCUCCAUUUGAAUUUGAAAAUAAAUUCACAGAUUUACAGCAGUUAGAAAAUCUUACAAUUUACUUCAUUAGUGACAGUUUCAAAGGUCCUCAACCAAACUAUUAUAAAGAUUUUCUUCAUUUAAAAUCCAUGAAAGUUCUCACAGUAAUAUGCAAGGGUUAUCACACUGGUUUUCCCUUUGACAUACCAAUAGAAAUGCUCCAGGCUAUGAAACAUUUAGAGGACUUCACAGCUGAGAAUUUCUACAUUUCUGCACCAGAUGUGGACACUUUUCAAUACAAUCGCCAGCUCAAGAGUUUGACAAUCAGACAGACUGAUUUGUCAGACUUGGAUCCUGGACUGUUUCAGCCAAUGCCGCACCUGCAGGUUCUCGAUUUCUCCGAAACUAAGAUCAAGUCUUUGGAUUUUCUGUUCCAGGCCGAUCUGUUUGCACUCAGAUGUUUGAAACUAAGUGACAAUGAGAUAACUGUGAUCAAUGAGAUGGUCUUCCAAUUUCUCCCUGCACUAACAUACCUCGAUCUGCAAAACAACCCUUUCACUUGUGACUGCUCUAAUGCCGGCUUUAUCCAAUGGGUGAAGAACAACAACCAAACUCAGGUUGUUAAUGCCUACCAGUACACAUGUUCCUUCCCUGUGGCUGAACAAGGAAACAAGCUUCUUGACUUUGACAUCCAGUCCUGUUGGAUGGACGUUAGCUUCCUCUGCUUCAUUUCCAGCACUUGUCUGGUUGUUCUUACACUCCUCGCAUCCUUCAUCUACCACUUUCUGAGGUGGCAGCUAGCCUAUGCCUACCACCUCUUCCGGGCCUUCCAAUAUGACAGCAGAAGGAGAAAAGCAGGAGCUCAACAUCGCUACGAUGCCUUCAUCUCCUACAAUGUUCACGACGAGGCCUGGGUUUACCAAGAGAUGCUUCCAGCGCUGGAAGGAGAGCAGUGCUGGAGACUCUGUCUGCACCACAGAGACUUCCAACCAGGGAAACCGAUCGUAGAGAACAUUACGGACGCCAUAUACGGCAGCAGGAAAACCAUCUGUGUGAUCACCCGGCGUUACCUGCAGAGCGAGUGGUGCUCCAGAGAGAUCCAGAUGGCCAGCUUCCGUCUGUUCGACGAGCAGAAGGAUGUGUUGGUCCUGCUGUUUCUGGAGGACAUCCCGGCCCACCAGCUGUCUCCUUACUACCGCAUGAGGAAGAUGGUGAAGAAACGCACCUACCUGAGCUGGCCCCAGGCCGCCCAACACACGGGGGUCUUCUGGCAGAACGUAGGGAGAGCUCUGGAGACGGGGGACACUCCCAACGAGACUGAUGACCUGCUCACUGGACCGGCAGGACGCUGAGAAUCAUCAGUUGGAAAAAAGCUACAAAAGGUUACGAAAGGGUUAGGGUUAGGGGUUAGGAGUUAGGGUUAGGGAAUAGGAAAGUUAUCUCAAUGGCUUUCCUUGCUUCGUUUGAUGACUGGGAGGUUGAACUUGGAAGCCAAAGGCAGAAAAUGGGCCAGUGCAUUCACUUAAAGCUCUUCAUUCCUGCAUUUCCCACACAUACUUAUUGAUACGGUCAAGGUCAAGGUGAACAAGGGCAAAUUCAUGUGGUAAUUAAUUUUGUGCCCUUGUCACAACAUAUUCUCUAAAAACAGAGACACCACAGACAUAUAUACAGGAAAGAAAAAAUAACAAUACUGCAGAAAUGGCAGUCAUACAUCUGACGUUGACAAGACAUAAAAAUACCAGUUGAACUGUUACUUCUACAUGGGUUAGGGUUAGGGUCACUGUUCCCCCCACUCUCCCCUCCAUCCCUCUCCUCUAACCAAGAGGAGCUCAACUCUCUCCUUCCCCCUCUAUCCCUCCUUUAGACAAAGGGGUUCAACUCUUUAUUUUUCAUUAACGGUUAUCGGAAUCCCGAUUGAUACUGUACUCAUGUACAUAUACUCAUAAAAUGACACCAAUUUAUAUAUCAUUGCUUGUGAUGCUUUUUAGCAAUACACUUGGCAGUAGGUAAAGUU